AGCCAGGAGACCCCUUACAAAACGAGCCACCACAGCAGAAAGAGCAGAAGAUGGCACAGAGCUGCUGGCUGCUCCUAGUCCUCUCUCUGAAAGGUAACAUGUAUAAAACUACCAGUGGCAUUCAUGAUGUCAUCCACCUUUAGCCCUGGGAAGAUCAGCUGACCCAGAAUCUGUCUGUAGUGUCCACCCUGAUUGAGCAGAGUUGAGUGUCGAGCUUGACAGUUUCACUCUUCGAGUGACAUUGGUGCUGCAUGAGAAAAAAAAUCAUGAAGCUGGUGUGUGGCCAUGACUGCUUUGAGGAUUAUUUCGUCUUCAGUAGGUGCCAUGUUAUACUGCAGUUGCCAUUCAAAUCUUGGCCAUUUCUGAAGCAACAGGUAUUCUUGCCGGUGACUGGUCAGUUCAUCUCCCCUCCAGUCCCAUCUGUGCCGUGGUUGGUUCUUCAGUGGUUCUCCCUUGUUCCUAUGACUACCCCCAAAGCUCUAAUGAAACCAGGGGAGAGGGGCAGCUCUCCAGUCAGGGUGGAGGAGGUGAAGAAGAACAGCAGUACAAAGUUUUGUCUGAGAUGUGGUGUCUCAAAGACAGCCGCUGUAUCACCCCAAGGUAUGUGUUCCACAGUGCCGGUAUUUUCCCGGAUCCAUCCUACCAGAACAGGGUGCAGUACCUGGGACGACCAGGAACAAAGAACUGUUCUCUGCAGAUUUCUGAUCUGAGACCGUCGGACAGUGGAAACUACGUGUUUUACCUCAUCACCAGCCACCCAGCUCAGAAGAUGCCAGAGCAGAGAGGCAUGCAGCUACUGGUGGCAGACUCCUCCAGUGCAGUCACACUGUCAGGGAGUCCCUCCAGCCGCAUCGCUGAGGGACUGGCCUUACGCCUGGCCUGCUGCAGCCCUUCGGCCAGUUCACAGGCCCAUUUCACAUGGUUUAAGAGCACAAGCGCCACCCCAAGGUAUAAGGGACAGGUGUGGAACGUCAGUGAAGUUACUUCUGAUGACUCUGGCAGCUACUACUGUCAGAUUCAGACUGGAGAUCAAGUUCAGAACUCAACAGUGCUGGUCAUUGAUGUUGAGUACUCUCCUCGAAACACAGCUGUCUCAGUCUCUCCUGCUGGAGAGCUACAAAAGGGGCUUCCCGUUACUCUGACCUGCAACAGUGAUGCUAACCCACCUGUCCACACGUACACCUGGUACCAGGGUGCAGCAUGUCUCCCUACAGCAGACAAAAGCUUUCAUCAGGCGAGACAAUCCCUGGCUACACCCACGGGAAGAGGCUCGACACUCAGCAGCGCCAGCAUCUCCACUGAGGAAUAUGGGCAGCACUGCUGUGUGGCACGCAACAGACAUGGAUCACAGACUUACUCUGUAACACUCAGCGAAGCAACGUCUGACUCUACAGGAAGCAGAGUGAUGAUUUUUGGAGUGACCUUCAGUGUCCUAGGGGUUCUUGUAGUAAUAAUUGUCUUUCUUAUGAUGAGGGGACGGAAGUCAUCCCAACAACAGUCGUAUGUCCUCACUGCAACAGCUGCUACAGAACCUUAAGGACUCAGCGAGACCAGGACUCAUUCUGCACAAAGUCAUAUCCACAACACCCUACAACCACGGAAAGCAAAAGACACCUUUUCAAGGAACUCAGGAUAGGUAGAAUUUUUCCUCAACACCCAGAGAAACUGCAUUUACCUUCCCACCUCAUGUUGCCAAGUAAACCCCUAUAUCACAAGCAGACACCUUCAAGUUAGUACUGCAUCACAUGCUGUUGCACAUUUUAGCCUGCUUGACCCCAUGAUUGAAAAAUCAUGUACACAGGAGAAAAACAACUUUCAAGACUCAAUGGUGACAGUGAGGGCAGUUCACACAGUGAGAGAGUGUGACAACCUGAAGACCAUAUGAUGGAUAUUUCUCUCCAUCCAUGCAAGCAAGAUGUAACACUGGAAUGUUCCUGGAUUUCAGUGCACUGAGUUGAACCUGGAUGAAUUUGGACGUAGAGAGUAACGGGGCUUUUAUUUUUAAAAUUGCCAUGACCGAACCAAAGAAAAAAGUGUUGGAAUAUCUUUAUUCUGUCGGCUCUUGUUAUCACUUGUCAUUUGUUGCACUUGUUUAAGUGGAAUUGUACUGUGGGAUAAGCUAAACGCUACUGUCAGGAAUUAACCACACAAUUUUCAAGAAAAAAAAAAAAAUUAUUAAAACUGAGAAAAUAGACUGAAAAUCUUCUUUUGACCCCUACUGGUUUUUUUUUUUGUGCACUGUUGUUGAUUAUAAUGUUGAAGUAACGUGUGAAUUUGAAUACAGCCUCAGUGGUUCAUUACAUCUGAAGACCACAGAUGACAUAUUCUUACCACUGAUACUUUCACUGGAUUUUAACAACAUAGCACAAAGUGCACCGAGUAUUGUACAAGCAGUGUCCAGAAACAGAAAACACUGAGGCAGCCACUAAUGAAAGCAUGUCAUUGAUUGUAAAGAGCAUGAAGAAGAUAAUGGAAAAUGUAGUCAUGAUGAUCCAAUUAGAAGCUCUUAGCAGUUCAGGCUGGGUCACAUUUGUGUAGUUUUGAGUAAACUGUACAGUGCGAUAAGACGCACAGAUACAGAUACAGACCAGCGCCUGUGGAGAAGUGGAGGAGGAAGACAACCAGGAGGACAGCGACUCUGACACAGGGACUGCCAUUUACAAAAUGUGCUUGGAUAUCAAGUCUUCGUCUCAUUAGUCUAUUUUAGCCACAUAUUAAAGUGAGAGUAGCUGAUUAGAGUGGUUCAAACAUCUUCUAUUUUUAAAAGCUAAUGAAGUAAACAAGGAAGUACAGAGCUUCAUUUCCCAAAUAUUUAAAGGGACAGUUCAAUAGGUUUUGUUUAAUCAUAUUUACUGUGCAUUUUUAACCUUUAUCUGAUCUUUUUAAUGAGACCAAAUUACUAGUGAUGCACAUAACUACUGCAAUGCCACUAAUUUUAUUUUCAUUCAUACUAAACUUCUAAUUUUAAUACUGUUGUAAGCUACAGCGUAUGAGAUUUGUUCUGAAUGCGAUGUAUUUAGCACGAAGAGUGACACCAAGUUUUACAAACUGUGUGAAAUCUUACAUUAAAUGAAAAAAAAUGUUGUACUUUCUAUUUUCACUUAACUGUUUAAAACUCGCUUUGAAAACAAGACAGAGUUUAUUGUAUAGCAAAUCAU